UCCAUUCCAUCUCGCUCCGCCUCUCCCUGCCUUCCCUCCCCCAAUUCGCAUCACUUCGAUUCGAUCUCUUUAUCCACUCAAAUCAAUCCGUCUGAAAAACUAUGUCGGACGAAGAGCAUCAGUUUGAAUCAAAGGCCGACGCCGGUGCUUCCAAGACCUACCCUCAGCAAGCUGGCACUAUCCGUAAGGGAGGUCACAUCGUCAUCAAAAACCGUGCUUGCAAGGUUGUGGAAGUUUCUACCUCCAAGACUGGCAAGCAUGGUCACGCAAAGUGUCACUUUGUGGCGAUCGACAUCUUCAAUGGGAAAAAGCUUGAAGAUAUUGUUCCCUCGUCCCAUAACUGUGAUGUCCCUCAUGUGAAUCGUACUGACUACCAGCUAAUUGAUAUUUCUGAGGAUGGAUUUGUGAGUUUGCUGACUGAAAAUGGCAACACUAAGGAUGACCUGAAGCUCCCAACUGAUGACGCUCUCCUGACACAGAUUAAGGAUGGAUUUGCAGAGGGAAAGGACCUGGUUGUGAGUGUGAUGUCUGCAAUGGGAGAGGAGCAGAUCUGCGCUCUCAAGGACAUUGGUCCCAAAUAGGGGUAUGGAGAAAAACGAAGCAACAGAAAUGUGUUUUUCUGUUGUAAUACUACUACUAUGACUAGUAAUCAAUCUGGGAACUCUAUCUUGUUCGAUUAUUAUUCUUCUUUUAUCUUGUUUGAACCGACGAACAUAAAGUAUUUUCUCAAUGUAUGUUGAAUUUGUUUUUAUCGGGACGGUGUGGUGCUGUACUUUGGUUCAGGACUCUUACCAGAUGAUGUUAUGUGUGAUGGAUUGUAUCCUUGGUAUUUAAGGUAUUGAAAUACAAACGCUAUUCUAUGCUUGCUUGCAGGUGA